CGACAAGUGAACAAUAUGACAAUCAACCACAAUCCAAUUUGCAAAUGUCUACCCAACUAUACGGGAAAUCCAUUUUUUAGAUGUACGCAAAGGGAACCAGAAGAGGAAUGUCCACCGAACGCAUGCGGCAACAAUACAGUAUGCAAAGUUCUUCGCAGUGCUCCAAGAUGCACAUGCCUUAAUGAAUACGUCGGUAAUCCAAUGAUUGGAUGUCACCGUGAGUGCGAGUCAAACGAUGAAUGUGGCAGCGAAGGACGUUGUACAAACUUCUUGUGCUAUCCUGAUGUCGCACCAGGUGGAUUAAUCCGGCUCGAUGAUAGCGAAAUCAAUCCGGAGCAUCCUUGUGAUCCGAACCCAUGUCGAGGAUAUAAUGAGUUUUGUCGCGAGUUAAAGGGCCAUGCUUUCUGUCAAUGUCAGUAUGCACCUUUUAGACGACUUCCUGAAUCCGGCUGUAAUCCUGAAUGUGGAACUAAAUUCGAUUGUCCCGCGAAUGAAACCUGUCUCAAUAACAAAUGUGUUCAAUCUUGCCCAGGCGACUGUAGCCCCAGCGAAGAAUGUUUUGUUUUCAAUCAUCAAGCAAAGUGCCGUCCAAAAAAUUCUCGUCCAGAGUGUUCUUCAAACAAUGUCUGUUCAUCAGACGAAGCUUGUGAUGGAUAUAAAUGCGUUGAUCCAUGUCUCGAUUAUUGCGUCGAGCGUCAUGCUGAUUGCCAAAUUGUGAAUCAACAACCGAUUUGCAAUUGCAAACCAGGAUACCAUCGACACUCUUACGGUGGAUGCUACCGAGAUGGCGUUAUAUAUUAUGUGGAGUGAUGAGGUGCAUGCACUUUGAAUGUCAACACAAAAGACAGUCUUUCUUAGUGAGAGAUUGGCCGUUACAAUUAUCUACAAUUUACUCAUAGUUUGAAUAAAGCAAUUUGAAUUAACAGUCGAACUGUGUCAUUUCUUUC